AUGUCUGACAACGAAGAAACCCCGGUGGUGGACGCUGACACUUCUGAUAACGAAUUGAACAAAGAGCAAAGAAUUGAAGCUGCCAAGAAGAGAUUCGAAGAAUUGAAGAAGAAGAAGGCUAAGAAGUCCAAAAAGAAGAAGGAAAAGAAGGAAGGCACUGAAGAAACAGAAACCGAAUUGGACAGUAAGGAGAAUACUCCAGCUGUAGAGAUAAAGGAAGAGGUCAAGGACGAAGUCGAAGAAAAAGAAGAAACCAAAGAAGAUACAAAGGAAGAAAUUGAAGAUGGCUCCAAGGAAGAACAAGAAACUAAAGUGGAUAUAAACCCUGAACAAGUAGAGUUACCAAAGGAAGUUACUGGUGAAUCUUCCGUGGAGUCUUCUUCUGAGAUUGCUGAAUUGAAAGCUACCAUUGAACAACAGAAAAAUACGAUCAAGAAAUUGAGAGACGAAAACACGGAUUUGAAGUUGUCGAAAAUGGACUUGAAGGAUAAGAUUGCCGAGUUGGAGAAUGAGAUCAGGACAUUGAAAACGGGCGGAGUUCCAUCUGCCAAUAAUUCUACCAAUAUACAACCUACUCCUAGAGUGGCAGUUCCAGCCAAACCAGCCAUUACUAGAAACGACUAUGCUUCUAUUUCGCAGCAGAGUUUCAGCAAGUUCAAGCAUACUGACGACUUCAGAGAGAAAUUGAUGGUAUGGAAGGGCUGGCAGGUUGACAUGACCAACUGGUCUGGAAGUGGUAUGAGCCAGAAAGUAGCUCUCUAGUCUACAGUGUAGUAUAUUUGAAAUGAAUUGUUCCAUAAAAGAUCCAAUAUAAGAAACGAAAUAUGUCGACUAUAAUAAAAAAUACAUCAGAUAAGCAGAGUCAUAGACUCUUCUUAUAUUAAGUGAA